GUUCACUCUUUCUUUUUCGUUUUCUUUUCUGUUUCAGCUUCUCACUCUACUCUCUCUAGUAGUAGCUUCACAAACCCAUUUCACAAAGUGGUAAAAAUGGCAGAGGGAAGAGGUUCUACUCUUGUGCAUCUUUUAGUCAUUGUUUUUUGCUUAGUUGCUUUUGGUUUUGCCGUUGCUGCUGAGAGAAGAAGAAGUGUUGGAACCAUUCACAAAACUCCAGGAACAAAUGAAACAUAUUGCGUUUACAGUUCAGAUGUCGCAACUGGUUAUGGAGUGGGUGCUUUCCUAUUUCUUCUUUCAGGUGAAUCACUGCUUAUGGGUGUGACAAAGUGCAUGUGCUUUGGGAGGCCUUUAACCCCUGGGGGAAAUCGAGCUUGGUCCAUUAUAUAUUUUCUUUCUUCUUGGGCCACUUUUCUGGUUGCAGAAUCAUGCUUAAUAGCUGGUGCAAAAAAGAAUGCCUAUCACACCAAAUACCGGGGAAUUAUUUAUGCUCAGAACUUCUCCUGUGAAAGUUUGAGGAAAGGCAUCUUCAUUACCGGAGCAAUUUUCAUCGUUGUAACCAUGGUUCUUAACGUAUACUACUACAUGUACUUCACAAAGGCAACCACUACUCCACUUUCUCAGAAGACCAAUCGGGUUAGUUCCACUGUCGGCAUGACUGGAUAUGCAUGAUGAACCUUAGAUGAAUAUGAAAGGGUAACAAAUUUUGAGUCUUCGGCUCAAUGAAUGUCUCCGUAAUUUUUACUACUUGGUAAAACAGUGGUUUUCACUUUGUUUUUGCUUAGUUAACUAGUGUUUAUAAUGUUCUGGUGGAUUUUACUACUCAAAAGCAAGUUAUUCCAUUAAUAUCGAAGUUUAGGUGAAGGGGAUAUAUGUAACAGGUUUCAGUUAAACUUUAUAUUGAAAGUGUGUAAAAUAUUUUGAGGCUAUUGCUAUAUUGUUAUCAAAUCUGACAAAUGCUCGUGAAGAUUCAAGAUAA